UCUUCACCCUUGUUCCUGUUAGGUGCAGAGCAAGAAGAAGAGGAAGAGCAGUGAAAUCAAAUGGGGAUCCGAUUCGUAUUAAUGGUGAACAAGCAAGGUCAAACCCGUCUUGCCCAGUACUACGAAUACCUCACUAUUGAAGAAAGGCGAGCUCUUGAAGGCGAAAUCGUUCGCAAAUGCCUCGCCCGCAAUGAGCACCAGUGUUCAUUUGUUGAGCAUCGCAACUACAAAAUUGUAUAUAGGCGCUAUGCAUCUUUGUUUUUCCUGGUUGGAGUUGAUGCGGAUGAGAAUGAACUUGCUAUUUUGGAAUUUAUCCAUCUCCUGGUUGAAACCAUGGAUAGACACUUUGGCAAUGUGUGUGAGCUAGAUAUCAUGUUUCAUUUAGAAAAGGUACAUUUUAUGUUGGAGGAAAUGGUCAUGAAUGGUUGUAUUGUGGAGACAAGCAAAGCAAAUAUUCUGGCUCCUAUUCAGCUGAUGGAUAAAGCAUCUUAGGAGAAACAAAAGAAGCAUUCCCUGUAAUUUCUAUAUUAUCAUUGGCUGUCAUGUUUUGUACAAUAAAGUGAAUAUAACUACAGCAGUUAAUCUCCAAUUUUCUUUAUGAACAAAAUAUAAAUUCUUACUUUAUUUCA